AUGCAACGCUUACAACAACUUGAAAGACACAUAAGAGGUACCAAAAGCAAAAAAGACGAGGUGACAGAGAAAAAUCCAGACGAUGUGGUGAUUGUGGCUGCAUAUCGAACAGCAAUCACGAGGGCGGGUAAAGGUAAAUUCAAGAAUUUGAACUCAGACGAGCUUCUCAUGAAACUAGUGUCUGCAGUUUUGCUGAAAGUUAAAGUAGAUCCAAAGUGGAUCGAGGAUGUGAGUGUGGGGAAUGUACUUAAUCCGGGAGCUGGCGUUAAUGAGCAUCGUGCAGCGAUUAUUGCUGCAGGUGUGCCAGCUGAAGCUCCGUUUAUUGCUUUGAACAGACAAUGCUCAUCGGGACUUAUGGCCGUUAAUGAUAUUGCCAACAAGAUAAUCACAGGCCAGAUAGACUGUGGAUUGGCGGCAGGUGUGGAGAGCAUGUCCAACAAUUAUGGACCUCAGGCAGCACCCCACAUCUCGGAUUCGGUCAAGAAUGCCUCAAAUGAUGCAAAAAAUUGCAUGUUGCCUAUGGGAACGACAAGCGAGAAUGUGAACAGUCAGUAUGGGUUGACAAGAUUGGAGCAAGAUCAGUUUGCCGCCUCCUCAUACCAGAAGGCAGAGAGAGCUGUGAGGUUGGGAUUGUUCAGAGAUGAAAUUUUACCUAUUACAAUUGAGGAUCAAGACGAGGACGAUGGGGAGGAAUAUGAGGAGGAGGAUGAUGAACAAGGGCGGCAAAAUCAACAGAAUAGCAAUAAUCACAAUAAAUCAAAGCCAUCAGUACACCGCCAGAUUGUUGUCAAGGAUGACGAGGGACCAAGACCAAACGUUACUGCCAAAUCUCUUUCUAGAUUAAAGCCAGCUUUUAAGAAAGAUGGAACAUCCCAUGCCGGAAACUCAUCACAGAUCAGCGAUGGUGCAGCAGCAGUAAUUUUGAUGAGAAGAGACAUGGCCAUGAAGUCCGAGUUGCCUAUUUUGGCAAAGUAUGUGGCUACGGCGAUAGUUGGUGUUCCACCUUCUAUUAUGGGAGUUGGUCCAGCAUACGCGAUCCCCAAACUUCUAAAAAAGGUAGAGCUAUCGAAGGAUGAUGUACAAGUAUACGAGAUAAACGAGGCAUUUGCCGGCCAGGCACUUUUCUCCAUCAAUAAAGUUGGAAUUCCUAUUGGGAAAGUGAAUCCUCGAGGUGGUGCUAUAGCUCUCGGUCAUCCUUUAGGGUGUACGGGUGCGCGACAGAUCUGCACAUUGAUAAGGGAACUUGCCCCAGGUCAAAUUGGUGUUACAAGCAUGUGCAUUGGAGGAGGUCAGGGUGCUGCUGGUAUGUUUGUGAGAGAGUAG